CGGUGCAUGUAUGAUUACGCCUCGAUUGAAUAACCCUACAAAAGCGUCUGGUACGACACAGAUUUGUUUACAAACAUGAAUCGUGACACGCAAACACUUAUCCUGUUUGACGUUGAUGGGACGUUAACAGCGGCGAGAAAGGUGAUAGAGCCUGUGAUGGCCCAGUUUCUGCAAGAGUUGAGGAAGAAGGUGAAAGUUGGGCUGGUGGGAGGGUCUGACCUCGUCAAGAUUGCUGAACAGAUGGGCGGAGAUGAUGUGAUACACCACUUUGACUAUGUGUUUGCUGAAAAUGGUCUGGUUGCAUAUAAAGAUGGUGUGCAGAUAGGACAACAGAAUUUAUUGAAACAUAUGGGAGAGGAGAUUCUACAGAGAGUGAUUAAUUUCUCUCUCCAGUACUUGUCACAGCUGACAUUGCCAGCGAAGAGGGGUACAUUUAUAGAGUUCCGCAGCAGCAUGCUGAACAUCUGUCCUGUCGGUCGCAGUUGCUCCCAGGCUGAGAGGGACGAGUUUGGGAUAUACGAUCAGGAGCACAAAAUCCGUGAGAAGUUCAAGGCUGCCCUACAAAAAGAGUUUGCAGGUUGUGGACUGGAGUUUGCCAUCGGUGGUCAGAUAAGCCUUGAUGUUUACCCCACAGGAUGGAACAAAACAUUCUGUCUACAAUUUGUGGAAAAAGAUUUCAACAACAUCCACUUUUUCGGGGAUAAAACAUUUGAGGGAGGCAAUGACCAUGAAAUCUUUGAGGACCCAAGAACCAUAGGACAUUCAGUAACGAGCCCUGAGGACACGAGGAAGCAGGUGACCGCUACCAUGGAAACCGGACAUUAACGCUGGACACACAUUAGUUUAUAGAAUAUACAAAAUGCCUGAUUGGGAUAGUUUUAUAGGUUUUUCUAUUGCAUCCAAUUAUUUAUUUAUAAAUUGCAAUGUACAAUGUACCUCACUUUCAUUUUCCUUUUAUUUAUUCUUUACGGGAUUUUCCUUGGUAUUCUAUGUUCUUCUGAUGUCAUUCCGUUUAAUUGACCACAUAAAAAAUCUCAUGUUGUCAUAUAUACUGUAUGCAAAGUAUACAAUGUAUAUUGUACUCUUGACUCUUGUUUGUCUGUUUUAUGCAUGAAAUUACUAAACAUAUUUGCAAUGAGUAUAUAUAUAUAUAUUUCUCAAAAGGCGAUAAUGUGCAAGUUCUAGAUAAUUAAAAAAAAAGAAAACAACAUUACAGGAUAAAGCUAUGUUAUGUCCUUUUUUUAUUUAUACAUAUUUCAUUUUAAUAUAUAUAUAUGCACACAUGUUUUGACAGUUUAUUGACUCUGUGAUAAUUGUGUAAGAACAGACAUAUUUGUGUUGUUAAGUGUUUGCUUGUUAAUGACUUGUAUUACUAGUAUAUUCAUUCUGACAUUACAUCAACAUUAAGCAUGGCACAUAUAUUGUUGAAAUUUUGAAUAGCUGAUUGACUAGCUUGAUUUCAAGUUACGGUACAAAUGUUAAAUAAAAAAACAUGUGUUUAUGUAUUUCAAGCAUAAUAGCAUUAUGAAAGUCAUUUCAUGAUAAAAUGUAAACCUUACAUGGGAAUAAAUUUGAAAUUUUA